CUACAAAUUCUACCGUCUCGGAGUCUUGGUCAAAACCACCAAAAAAAAAACACUGAACAAUCAUCAGAGAGAGAGAGAGAUGGAGAAGACGCUAGAGCUCCGAUCACUUGGAAACACAGGCCUCAAGCUCAGCUGUGUCGGAUUCGGAGCAUCCCCUCUCGGCAGCGUCUUCGGCCCUGUCUCCGAUGAAGAAGCUAUCGCCACCGUUCGUGAAGCAUUUCGACUUGGCAUUAACUUCUUCGACACCUCCCCGUAUUACGGAGGAACAUUAUCUGAGAAAGUCCUUGGAAAGUCGUUGAAAGCUGUUGGAGUUCCCAGAGAUCAAUUCAUCGUAUCAACAAAGUGCGGGAGGUAUAAAGAUGGUUUCGAUUUCAGUGCCACUAGGGUUACCCAAAGCAUAGACGAAAGCUUAGAACGCCUACAGCUCGAUUAUGUCGACAUAUUACAGUGUCACGACAUUGAAUUCGGCUCACUCGAUCAGAUUAUAAACGAGACAAUCCCUGCACUCCAAAAGUUAAAAGAAAAAGGGAAGAUCCGAUUCAUUGGUAUAACAGGACUUCCAUUAGGAAUCUUCAAUUAUGUUCUUGAUCGAGUACCAUUAGGCACCAUUGAUGUAAUCCUUUCAUAUUGUCAUUAUGGAAUCAACGAUACAACAUUGGAGGAUCUACUUCCAUAUCUUAAAAGCAAGGGAGUUGGUGUGAUCAGUGCUUCACCUUUAUCAAUGGGACUUCUUACAGAAAAUGGCCCUCCAGAUUGGCAUCCAGCUUCAUCUGAACUCAAGGCUGCAUGUCGUAAAGCUGCUGAUUUUUGUAAAGAGAAAGGGAAGGAUAUAUCGAAAUUGGCUAUGAAAUAUAGUUUGUGUAACAAAGAUUUUUCUUCAAUACUAGUGGGGAUGAAAUCUGUUCAACAGGUGCAGGAUAAUGUUGCAGCUGCUAUGGAAGUUAUGAAGGGUGAGAAAGAUGAUGAAAUUUUAGUUGAGAUUGAAGAGAUAUUGAAACCAGUGAAGAAUCAGACAUGGCCUAGUGGUAUUCAAUGAAUUUAAGUUUUGUUGCUUUUUUUUUACAUGUAAAUUUGGUUGUUGAUGGCUUUAUAUCUUUAAAAGAAAGUCUAUCUUCAUUCAUUGUUAUGUAAUGCUAAAUUAUCCAAAUAAAACAUGGACCUAAUUUCCUAUAAAAGUAUCAAGAAGCUAUUUGCUACUUAA